ACCCAACUGGAAAUUGAAGAACGUAAACCAUCGGGUACGUCUGCUGGGACCCUUAAUCAAUUCAAUAGUAGCUGCAUUAUCUCCUCCCCUCCCGAUGCCUUUCGUUGCCCUCCUUGAUCUGGAGUCGAUCUCCUUCUUCCGCCUCUUGUUUUCCCUUUCUUGAUCUCUCCUUCCCUCAGGCUUCUCGUGCGAUUUUGUUCUUGGAUAGGGGAGGGCAUGGCGAGGAUGAUCACGCUGAGGAGCUCGGACGGCGAGGUGUUCGAGGUGGAGGAGGCGGUGGCGAUGGAGUCGCAGACCAUCAAGCACAUGAUCGAGGACGACUGCGCCGACAACGGCAUCCCCCUCCCCAACGUCUCCUCCAGGAUCCUCGCCAAGGUGGUUGAGUACUGCAAGAAGCACGUCGAUGCUGCCGCCUCCAAGUCCUCCUCCGAGGACGCCGCCGGAUCUGGGAUCUCCGAUGAGGACCUCAAGUCCUGGGACGCCGAGUUCGUCAAAGUCGACCAGGCAACCCUCUUCGAUCUGAUUUUGGCAGCAAACUAUCUAAACAUCAAGGGACUGCUGGAUCUGACAUGCCAGACUGUGGCUGACAUGAUCAAAGGGAAGACCCCGGAAGAGAUCCGCAAGACCUUCAACAUCAAGAACGAUUUCACUCCGGAGGAAGAGGAGGAAGUGCGGAGGGAGAACCAGUGGGCGUUCGAGUGAAUCUCGAAUGGCUGCUUCACAAGAUCCGUCCCCGUAGCGUUUGGCUUUCCCCCAUGUUCAUCUCAGUUGGUAUUUUGUGACUGUUUAUAUUAUCGAUCUUUGCUCUGUUUAUCGUGGAAUAUUAAUAGUUUUAUCAUCACAGUUUGUCGUUUAACGGUCGCAGAAUAUGACUUGUGAAAAGGAUUUAAUUCGGUGUUAUCGCAAUGUGUUCAAUCUUAUUCCCUGUCAAAUAUAUGGAAAUAUUCUCGGCAAA